CGCCAAAGCUAACUCGCUUGCUCUCUCUCCUGCACGCUGGGGUGCUCUUCUCUUGGCGUCUUUGGGUCAAUAUGCCCUCACGCCUCGAGGAUGGGUUUUCCUGCUAUCUUCUAAAUAAAACAGAGCUGUAACAUUGAUUUGUCUAAGAGCUAUAACACGGUCUGUCCAAGACCUGAGAGCUGUGGCAUGCCGAGGGCUUUAAUGCCCGUCACUCCAAAUCUUUGUUGUGACGAGACAAAAACCGAGGAGCAUACACUCGCCUGACGCUAGUAAGAAUGAUAGACUACCAUAUGGUUAUUAUAAUUCUAGUAUUAAAUAAUAGCAAAUGAGAAAUUAUUAUAAAUAAAUAUUUUGGAGAGGUCUAAGUCUAGUUCUUAUAUUAAUUUAUAAAAUGUGAUAUUCACUUUUCUUCAUGGGUGUAUCAUUAAAUCUGCUGCCAUGCAUAUCAGUUCUGAUACUGUCAUGUUUUGGGAAAGAAGUGUGUAUGAUAAGAGUUUCCUAAUUUCAGGAUACAGUCAGGAAAAAAAAAGAAAAAAGUAUUUAAACACAUUGCACAGGUAGAAUUAACUGGACUUUGAACAAAGAUAAAAAGCAUGUAAAAAAGAUGCACUUGAGAGGAAUUAAUCUAUUAGACUUCAAUGCUUUGAGCUAGGCCAAUUCUGUUGCAGCAGAGAACAAUAACCUCAGAGGCAUCCAAAAGUUAGAUGUUUAUUUUGUGGGAGUGAAUCUGUUUUGGGAAAAAAGCCUGCAUCGUUGUGGUAGCAGUGAUUCAUUGUCUCCUCUCUUCUUAAAAGAAAGACCUCAGUAGUUAAUUAUUUCACCUAAGUUUUUAUUUAUUUUUACCCUGCUUGCUCCAGGAGAGGUUUAAAGCAGCAUAUAUAAAUGUAUAAAACAAAGUCAAGUAGAAUUUAAAAAGAGUAAAAAGCAAAAUUAGUUGAAGGAAAAAUAAAGUGAGGCCCCAUGGGGAUGGAGAUUAGAAAGGAAUCGUGCUGUGAAGUUUUGUUUGUCAUCUUGAGGUGAUUAAAAAAAUUUUUGGACAAAGCAUCUUUAACCCUUGCGCAAAACAGUCACAAAGCCGGUGUUUAAUCAUUACAGCUGCCCAGGGUAUCGGCCUUCUUCCACCUGGCCACAAGACUGUUUAGAAAGAGGCAUUGUCCUGCAGGGUUAAUGACUCACUGCAGUUCAGGUCCUGCUCUGGGAGCCUCUGCUGACUGGUGCAGCUGGAGGGUCAGAGAACUAGCAGCCAGGUGCCUGCCCCCAAGCGGCACAGAAUUCUGAGUUCUAUGCUUUAUGCUGAAGUUAGAGUGAACAAUUAAGACAUUCUGUUAAUCUUCCCAAUGACAAGGGCACCCACAGUUGUAAAUAUUUUUAUAAGCAGGGUUGUAAUAUUAGUUUGAAUACCUAAAAAAACAUAAAUAGACUUUUAAGAAGUAGUUGUGCUGACAGCUCUUUCUUUCCCCCCCUUUGUUAAGUUUCUUCUGGUCUUUGAGUGAGUUGAACAACCUGAGCUCCAUCUGAAGCGAGAUCCAGCCAUUCAGAGCAUGGUCUUUGGUUUUAAGACAAAACAUUUGUGUUGUUUUAGAGAAAUUACUUCCAGGGCAAUUCUUUCUUCUGAUGACUCAUUUUCUAUCGGAAAUUUCUCUUUUUGGAAAUGGGGAGAAACCCACAGAUGUCCGCACCACUUGUAAACUUGUAAAGAGAUAUAUGCCUUUAUAGCAUAUUGUUUAUACAUGUAUGCGUAUGUUACUUUCUGAAUGUUGGUGUCUGAGCUUUAUCAGUGCUUAUGUGUUCUUUUAUAAUCCGAAGACUAGCAUUAGAAAAGUAUUUGCCUAUUCAGUUCUGAAUGGUUGUAUCCUGUUCAGGAGAUGGCUGUUACAUUUUUAGUUUCUCUGUAAAACAAGCUGAAAGACAAUGUGACAAUUCUCAUUGCACUUAAAGUUGCCACUGGCCAGGCCUGUUGCAACAGCUGAUGGGCCCCUCUGAGUUUCAGGAGCUAUUUCUGGUAGAUGAGCUGAGAUCAAGGCUCUCCCAGUUCAGGCCAUAAAAGGCCCGGCUCAUGUGGAAUUGCUCCACUGCUUCUGACAGCGUCCUUAGAGGCUGAAGUGUCCUCAGGUUUUACUUGGAUUUACCCAGGAAUGGAUGGCCACACCAAGGCCAGAUUGCAGAAGUUCAGCAUCAAGGACACCAAGGGACCGACAGCUUCAAAAAGAAGACACUUGUUGAUAAUAUUUUGGCGAUCUUUUUUCAGAGAAACUUUUGGGAUGUAGCCUUCACCUGUUUUAUUGCAUUUGGCACCCAAACGCCAUUUGGAAAGCACCAUUCUAAAUUUAUCCUCUUCUGAAUCAUCACUUCUGAUAGAUGCAGUUGCCUUGUUUGCGUUGUGGUAUUUGAUUUUGUACAGUGUUCCUUGGGCUAACUUUUGAUAUUUUGCUUUUUGUUUAGAAUUUGAAAGUAGUAUUCUUUGAAAGGAGACACACAGAGAAUACUUGAGGACAACCAAAGCCGAAUGAGAGGAUAUAACGUGUUUUAUUUUUUUAAUUAGAAAAAUAAGGAAUUAGUGUGAUUUUUUUCCCCCCUUUAACUUAGAGGAACAAGGAUUGUACAGAAAUUUGAAAUUUGAACAAGAAAAACUUAAGCCUCGUUGGAUUCCCGUGUCAAAGAAAAGCUCCAAGCUUUCAGAAAGAGUUCUUGCUUGAAGACAAAGAACAGCUUGCUAACCACAAAAGAGGGAUCGAUGCUCAGCUUUUAGCUGCCCUUCCUAAAGUUGCAGAAUUAAGAAAAAUCUUUGAACCAAAGAGGAAAGAAUUUUUAGAAAUGAAAAGAAAGGAAAGAAUUGCCCGGCGCUUAGAAGGAAUUGAAACCGACGCGCAGCCCAUCCUCUUGCAGAGCUGCACGGGCUUGGUGACUCAUGGCCUGCUGGAGGAGGACACACCCAGAUACAUGCGUGCCUCAGACCCGGCCAGCCCGCACAUCGGUCGAUCAAAUGAAGAAGAAGAAACUUCAGAUUCUUCACUAGAAAAGCAGACUCGAUCCAAACAGUGCACAGAAACCUCAGGCAUCCAUGCUGACUCCCCCUACAGUUCAGGCAUCAUGGACACCCAGAACCUCGAGUCCAAAGCCGAAAGAAUCGCCAGGUACAAAGCAGAGAGAAGACGGCAGCUGGCAGAAAAGUAUGGGCUCACCCUGGACCCGGAAGCAGACUCUGAAACUCCAUCUCGAUACAGCAGGUCCAGAAAGGACCCCGAGGCUGCAGAGAAAAGAGGGGGAAGAAGCGAGCGAUCAGUCGAGUCCAGCAGAGACUCCGGCUCGUCCUACUCCAGGACUGAGCUCUCGGGGCUCAGGACCUGCGUGGCUGAAUCCAAGGACUAUGGCCUGCACCGGAGCGACGGUGUUUCCGACACAGAGGUGCUGCUCAACGCAGAAAACCAAAGACGCGGUCAAGAGCCCAGUGCCACCGGGCUGGCCCGAGACCUGCCCCCUGCAGGGGAGGUCUCCUCUUCCUUCUCGUUCUCCGGGCGAGACUCUGCCCUCGGUGAAGUGCCAAGGUCCCCAAAGCCAGUGCACAGCCUGCCCAGUCCAUCACCUGGGCAGCCGGCCUCCCCAAGCCACUCCACCAGUGACCUGCCACUCCCUGCAGAGGCUCGAGCCAGUACCGGGAAACCCAAACAUGAGUGGUUUCUCCAGAAAGAUUCCGAAGGGGACACACCUUCACUUAUCAACUGGCCAUCCAGAGUUAAAGUUAGAGAAAAAUUGGUGCGAGAGGAGAGCGCUCGCAGCAGCCCUGAACUUGCCUCCGAGUCCUUAACUCAGAGGAGACACCAGACGGCGUCAGGCCAUUACCUGGCCUUUCAGUCAGAGAACUCGGCCUUCGAUAGGGUCUCGGGCAAGGUGACCAGCUCUGCAAGACAGCCCAUCCGCGGCUACGUCCAACCAGCAGAGCCCGUCCACACCAUCACGCUGGUGACCUCAGACACCCCAGAAAGCGUCUCCGAGGGCAGCUGGGCGGGCCCGCUCCCCCAGACUGUCACAAAGCCUCCCCCACCAAAGGUUCUAGAAGGUGAAAGAAGAGACACCCCAGUUCUCCAUAUUUGUGAAUCCAAAGCAGAAGACGUGCUCUUCUCUGACGCUCUGGAGAAAAGCAGGAAGACCCUUGCGGUUUUGGAGGAUCAUGGGUCUGGGAGAAGCCAGGAAGCCCCCCCUGGAACCGGGGAUUUGAGUCAGCCCGCUGUUGGCAUAGUUACCGCGGAACCUCAGAAGGAAUCAGAGAGCCUGGCCCGCCCGCCCACGGCUCAGCGGCAGCCCACCGAGAGGAUGGGCAGGAGUGAGAUGGUCAUGUACGUUCAGAGCGAGGCAGCGUCCCAAGGUCACAGGAAGGAGGCACCCCCGCGGAAACACAGGGUCCUCACCCGCUCCCUGUCCGACUACACGGGCCCCCCGCAGCUCCAGGCUCUGAAGGCCAAGGCCCCGGCUCCCAAGCGAGAUGCCGAGUCACAGACGUCCAAGGCCGAGUUGGAACUGGGCCUGCUGGACACGAAGGUCUCAGUCGCCCAGCUCCGCAAUGCGUUCCUGGAGUCAGCCAGGGCCAGCAGGAAACCCGAGCUCCAUUCUCGGGUUGAGGGGUCAAGCGAAGGCCCUGGUGUGGAACGGGAGAGAGGGUCCCGGAAACCGAGGCGCUAUUUUUCUCCUGGUGAAAAUAGAAAGACUUCCGAGAGAUUUAGAACUCAACCCAUAACCUCGGCAGAACGAAAGGAAUCGGAUAGGUCAACUUCAAAUUCAGAAAUGCCAGCUGCCGAGGAUGAAGAAAAGGUCGAUGAGCGAGCGAGGCUGAGCGUUGCUGCGAAGAGGCUGCUCUUCAGGGAGAUGGAGAAAUCGUUUGAUGAGAAGAGCGUCCCGAAGCGCCGCUCCCGCAACGCGGCUGUGGAGCAGAGGCUGCGGCGCCUACAGGACCGGUCCCACACGCAGCCCGUCACCACCGAAGAGGUGGUCAUUGCAGCCACUGAACCUACCCCCGCUUCGUGCUCAGUGGCCACCCACCCUGUAAUGACAAGACAUCCUAGCCCCACUGUAGCUAAGAGUCCCGUGCAGCCUGCCAGAUUGCAGGCGUCUGCUCACCAAAAGGCAUUAGCCAGAGACCAGACAAAUGAGGGCAAAGACUCUGCUGAACAGGGAGAACCCGACUCCUCCACUCUGAGCUUAGCGGAGAAGCUGGCCUUGUUUAACAAACUGUCCCAGCCGGUCUCAAAAGCCAUUUCAACGCGGAACAGAUUAGAUAUGAGACAGAGGAGGAUGAAUGCUCGUUAUCAAACCCAGCCGGUCACGCUUGGAGAAGUGGAACAGGUGCAGAGUGGCAAGCUCAUGGCCUUCUCUCCCACCGUUAACACAUCCGUGUCCACCGCAGCAUCUACCGUCACCCCUAUGUACGCAGGGAAUCUUCGGACAAAGCCACUUCCGGAUGACAGCUUCGGUGCCACCGAGCAAAAGUUUGCUUCUUCGCUAGAAAACUCCAACUCCCCAGUUAGAAGCAUCCUGAAAUCCCAAGGCUGGCAGCCCUCGGUUGAGGGUGCUGGGAGCAAAGCAAUGUUGAGAGAAUUUGAAGAGACAGAACGCAAGGGAGGCUUGACAGAUGGAGAUGGCGGGGUUGCAAAGUACGCGUCCUUUGAGGAAGCAGAGCUGUCCUACCCUGUCCUCAGCAGAGUCCGAGAGGGAGACAGCCAUAAAGAACCCAUCUAUGCCCUUCCGAGGAAAGGAAGCCUGGAGCUUGCCUAUCCUCCCAUCACCCAGCUUGGUGAUGAGCUGAAGGAAUUUUCCACCCCAAAGAGCACCAUGCAGGUGAGCCCGGACUGGAAGGAGAGGCAGCUCUUUGAAGAGAAGGUGGACUUGGAGAAUGUCACAAAGAGGAAGUUUUCGCUGAAAGCGGCGGAGUUCGGGGAACCCACUUCUGAGCAGACCGGCGCGGCUGCUGGGAAACCGGCUGCUCCGACUGCAACCCCCGUGUCCUGGAAGCCGCAGGAUCUCUCCGAACAGCCUCAGGAGAAGCGGUAUCAGAGCCCGUGUGCGAUGUUUGCUGCUGGAGAGAUCAAAGCCCCGGCGGUGGAGGGCAGCCUCGACUCCCCCAGCAAAACCAUGUCCAUUAAAGAAAGAUUAGCACUGUUGAAGAAGAGCGGUGAGGAAGACUGGAGAAAUAGACUCAACAGAAAGCAGGAAUAUGGCAAAGCCUCCAUCACCAGCAGCCUGCACAUCCAAGAAACGGAGCAGUCACUCAAGAAGAAGGAAGAAGGAGGAUUUACAGAUGAUAAUGACAUUUCUAAUCUGCUUUGGGAACCUGUAUACGCUUCUACUUAUUCUCCUGCUCUACCUGCUGCCCAUAAAUACCUGUCUUUUGUAUCUAUUAAUCAGCGGGUCACAGAAAGUCGAGAGAGCCAGAUGACUAUUGAAGAGAGAAAGCAUCUCAUCACCGUGAGAGAGGACGCCUGGAAGACCAGGGGCAAAGGAGCAGCCAACGACUCCACCCAGUUCACCGUGGCUGGCAGGAUGGUGAAGCGAGGUCUGGCGUCCCCCACUGCCAUCACCCCGGUAGCAUCCCCUAUUUGCAGCAAAACAAGGGGCACUACACCAGUUUCCAAACCUCUGGAAGAUAUAGAAGCCAGACCAGACAUGCAGUUAGAGUCGGACCUCAAGUUGGACAGGCUGGAAACCUUCCUAAGAAGGCUGAAUAACAAAGUUGGUGGGAUGCAAGAAACAGUCCUCACUGUCACUGGGAAAUCGGUGAAAGAGGUGAUGAAGCCGGACGAUGACGAAACCUUUGCCAAGUUUUACCGUAGCGUGGACUCCACUCUACCAAGAAGCCCCGUGGAGCUGGACGAGGAUUUUGAUGUCAUUUUUGAUCCUUAUGCCCCCAAGUUGACAUCCUCGGUGGCUGAGCACAAGCGUGCUGUGAGGCCCAAGCGCCGGGUCCAGGCUUCCAAAAACCCCCUGAAGAUGCUGGCCGCGAGGGAAGAUCUCCUGCAGGAGUACACUGAGCAGAGACUGAACGUGGCCUUCGUGGAGUCAAAGCGGAUGAAAGUCGAAAAGUUGUCCGCCAACUCCAGCUUCUCAGAAGUCACCCUGGCAGGGUUAGCCAGCAAAGAAAACUUCAGCAAUGUCAGCCUGCGGAGCGUCAACCUGACAGAACAGAAUUCCAACAACAGCGCAGUGCCCUACAAGAAGCUGAUGCUGCUGCAGGUUAAAGGAAGAAGACACGUGCAGACGCGGCUGGUGGAGCCUCGCGCCUCCUCCCUCAACAGCGGGGACUGCUUCCUCCUGCUCUCGCCCCAUCACUGCUUCUUGUGGGUCGGAGAGUUUGCCAACGUGAUCGAGAAGGCGAAGGCCUCAGAACUCGCAAGUUUAAUUCAGACCAAGAGGGAACUUGGUUGUAGAGCAACUUACAUCCAGACUGUUGAAGAAGGAAUUAAUACACACACACAUGCAGCCAAAGACUUCUGGAAGCUUCUGGGCGGCCAAGCCAGUUACCAAUCCGCUGGAGACCCAAAGGAGGAUGAGCUCUACGAAACGGCCAUAAUAGAAACCAACUGCAUUUACCGUCUGAUGGAUGACAAACUCGUCCCUGAUGAUGACUACUGGGGGAAGAUCCCAAAGUGCUCCCUCCUGCAGUCAAAAGAGGUACUGGUGUUUGAUUUUGGGAGUGAAGUUUACGUGUGGCAUGGAAAAGAAGUCACAUUAGCACAACGGAAAAUCGCCUUUCAGCUGGCAAAGCACUUGUGGAAUGGAACCUUUGACUACGAGAAUUGUGACAUCAACCCGCUGGAUCCUGGGGAAUGCAAUCCCCUCAUUCCCAGAAAAGGACAGGGGCGGCCUGACUGGGCAAUAUUUGGGAGACUUACAGAACACAAUGAGACGAUCUUGUUCAAAGAGAAAUUUCUUGAUUGGACGGAACUGAAGAGACCUAAUGAGAAGAACACCAGCGAACUUGCGCAGCACAAGGAUGAUGGCCGGGCGGAGGUCAAGCCUUACGAUGUGACGCGGAUGGUUCCGGUGCCCCAGACGACAGCCGGCACCGUGCUGGAUGGGGUCAACGUGGGCCGAGGCUAUGGGCUGGUGGAAGGGGACGACCGGAGGCAGUUUGAGAUCGCCAGUGUCUCGGUGGACGUCUGGCAUAUCCUGGAGUUCGACUACAGCAGGCUCCCCAAGCAGAGCAUCGGGCAGUUCCACGAGGGUGACGCCUACGUGGUCAAGUGGAAGUUCAUCGUGAGCACCGCAGUGGGAAGCCGGCAGAAGGGGGAGCACUCGGUCAGGGUGGCUGGCAAAGAGAAAUGUGUCUACUUCUUCUGGCAAGGCCGCCAGUCGACCGUGAGCGAGAAGGGCACAUCAGCCCUGAUGACGGUGGAGCUGGACGAGGAAAGGGGGGCCCAGGUCCAAGUCCUGCAGGGCAAGGAGCCCCCCUGUUUCCUGCAGUGUUUCCAGGGGGGGAUGGUGGUCCACUCUGGGAGACGGGAGGAAGAGGAAGAAAACACACAAAGCGAGUGGCGGCUGUACUGUGUGCGCGGAGAGGUGCCCGUGGAGGGGAACUUGCUGGAGGUGGCCUGUCACUGCAGCAGCCUCAGGUCUAGGACGUCCAUGGUCGUCCUCAACGUCCACAAAGCCCUCAUCUACCUGUGGCACGGGUGCAAAGCCCAGGCCCACACGAAGGAGGUCGGACGGACUGCGGCCACUAAGAUCAAGGACCAAUGUCCCCUGGAGGCCGGGCUGCACAGCAGCAGCAAAGUGACAAUCCACGAGUGUGAUGAAGGCUCGGAGCCCCUGGGCUUCUGGGAUGCUCUGGGGAGGAGAGACCGGAAAGCCUACGACUGCAUGCUUCAAGAUCCUGGAAAUUUUAACUUCACACCCCGCCUGUUCAUCCUCAGCAGCUCCUCUGGUGACUUCUCAGCCACAGAGUUCAUGUAUCCUGCCCGAGACCCCUCUGUGGUCAACUCUAUGCCCUUCCUGCAGGAAGACCUAUACAGCGCCCCACAGCCAGCACUUUUCCUUGUUGACAAUCACCAUGAGGUGUACCUCUGGCAAGGCUGGUGGCCCAUCGAGAACAAGAUCACGGGCUCCGCGCGCAUCCGCUGGGCCUCGGACCGGAAGAGCGCCAUGGAGACAGUGCUGCAGUACUGCCGAGGGAAAAACCUGAAGAAGCCGCCCCCCAAGUCUUACCUCAUCCACGCUGGCCUGGAACCCCUGACCUUCACCAACAUGUUCCCCAGCUGGGAGCACAGAGAAGACAUUGCAGAGAUCACAGAGAUGGACACGGAAGUUUCAAAUCAGAUCACUCUAGUGGAGGAUGUCUUAGCCAAACUGUGUAAGACCAUUUACCCGCUGGCCGACCUCCUAGCCAGGCCACUCCCUGAGGGAGUUGACCCUCUGAAGCUAGAGAUCUAUCUCACCGACGAGGACUUCGAGUUUGCACUAGACAUGACCCGAGACGAGUACAAUGCACUGCCCGCUUGGAAGCAGGUGAACCUGAAGAAAGCAAAAGGUCUGUUCUGAGUCAUGAGAUGCUGGAGGAACCUGGGUAGUCACUUUCAAUACUGAUGGACCAGGAAAAUGGAUGUUUUAGUGGGGGAGCCUGGUAUUUUAAAAUGUUUUUUCAUCCGCAUUUUUAAAACCUGAAGUGACCAGCUCUCCUGCUCGUUUGGGAGUUGUGUAUUUUGUAAAUGUUCCAGAGAACUCUCUGGGAACACGCUUUCCACACUUCAGCAGGUGAUGUUUGUGAGAGAUCUGUGGCCCUACAUGCACUCACACAGCAGGUCCUCAGCGGCGGCCACGGCACUGCCCUCCCACUCCAGCUAAGCGUUGCCUAUUUUUUUGAAGCAGUUCUCUUUAUAAAGUGUUAUUUUGAUAGUUUGUGGAUUCUAAAAUAUAUAUAUAUUUAUAUAAACACCGUAUAAAUCAAAUAUGUAUUUAACAAAGCAAUAUGUAUUCAUUCACUUUUAAGAUUUUUUUUUUUUUGGUGUCAAUAUUAAAAGGUAGUUGCUUCUGUUGAAUUAGUUCUGCCACCUAUGUGUACUUUCACCCAUGUUCAGAAGCGUCUCCUUUGGUGUGAAGUCUGACUCGUUCUGAGUGCUGCUUCCGGUGCUAAGAUGAACAAAAGGCUCUUAAGAAUCUGUGCGAAUCCACCUUUCUACCUUAAUAUCGCCCCCAAAUGUAUAGUGCCUUGUUUUAUGUACAGUUUAUAUACAGAAAAGUUUGCUCUGCAUUUUUUGACGAUGGUUUGGAACAGUAUCUACAAUUUUACUCUAAAAUAGUAGAAAUUUCAAAAAAAAAGAACUCUAUUUCUAAUACCUGUUGUAAACAUUAUACAUGUCAUUUGGCGACGGAGGACUCCAAAAUAAAAGCUUCAGAAUAAACACAACUAUGAACUGAUUGGUUCACAUUGA